AUGCCUCAGAUGGCUUCUACAAGGCCCAAGGCGGGCCAUGUCAAUAUGAUGGCUGAUACCAACAUCGCCAACUUGCCCAUUGAAGGAUUGCGAGCAGUUAUGCGUGGGAUUCUGGCUAACAGACCAGACUGCAUAUCGGUGUUCGAGGAGCAGACAAGGCAUUAUUUGAGCGAAACGGCGUCCCGGUCAUCCAAGAUCGUCGUCAUUGAUCAAACACCGGAUGGAUCUUUCCAAACGACUCCCUCCUUCCAGCAACUCCGGAAACGCAUUUGCUGCAUGGUAGCGUGUGGUCAGUGUUACCAGGCCCUUCCUCUUCUGCAAGAAAUUGUCGACCAAGUCUCAAAAAUCAAGGUCGGGUCUGGCCAGUCGGCUAUUGUGGACCAGAUUGCUGGUGUGGAUGGGGAUAUAAUCCAGGCCAUUACCGCCGUCCAGAAGACCCUCUUUGUGGAGUCAGGGUCUCGAGGACUCUCUGAGGCUGAAAAAGUGCCUUUGGAGGCUUUGCUAGAAUCUCUUACGGCUUGCAAGGCUGCUUGGAAAAAGAACUCGCUACCUUUUGUCCUGGAAAGAGGCCUUGAGGCUACUAUAGCUCUGGUUAACCCUUCUUUGGCAUCUGCCCCUGUGGCCAAUAAUGAGUCUUUCUCGGAAAAUGCCCCUGGCGCUAUUUCAGAGACCUUUGAGAUGGCCGGUGUUCACCUCCCUCGUAUUUUCUCCGGCUUGUGGCAGUUGUCCAGCCCGGCUUGGGGGAGUGCGCCUCGAUCCAAAAUCAUGCAGCAAUUCUCAAAGCACGUCGAGAGUGGCCUAACAGCUUUCGAUAUGGCUGAUCAUUAUGGUGACGCGGAGAUUCUCUUUGGUCAAUACCGAUCUGCAAGCAACUACUCCAACUCCCUCUUUGCUGCAACAAAAUACUGUGUCUUCCACCCUAUGACAGUGACAGCUGAUGUCAUCCGCAGGAAGAUUGAUGAGCAUUGUCAAAGACUGCGUGCCGAUCAAAUUGAUCUGCUACAGUUCCACUGGCAAUUUUACAAUGACCCCCAAUAUCUUGAUGCCCUGAAAUACCUCCAGCAAGACAGCCGAAUCAAGCGUCUGGGUCUGUGCAACUUCGACACAGAGCACAUGCAGAAAGCACUUGAAAAGGGAGUCAAAUUCUACACUAACCAAAUCCAGUUCUCUCUGAUCGACUCCCGACCCACAGUGAAGAUGGUAGAUUUCUGCAACAAGCAUAACAUCAAGCUCCUUACCUACGGUACCCUCCUCGGUGGCCUUCUAGCAGAGAAGUGGAUCGGCCAAGCAGCGCCAGAUCUAUACGCAGAGACAAUGACACCGAGCCUCCGCAAGUAUUUCGCCAUGAUCCAAAAUUGGGGCGGCUGGGACCUAUUCCAAGAGCUCCUUCGCACUCUCCAAACUAUCGGGCGGAAGCACGGCGUGUCCGUCUCGAACGUCGCGACACGAUGGGUGCUGGACUUCGAGUGUGUUGGGGCAGUGAUUGUCGGCGCGCGGAUGGGCGUCAGCGAGCAAUCGACAGAGAACCUCGCUAGUCUUGGGUGGUCGCUGGACCAUGAGGACCAGGGACUUAUUCAGGCAAUCUUGGACCGUAGCUCAAGGGCAGAGAUGUUUGAGACUCUUGGUGAUUGUGGAGGGGAAUAUCGAUGA